AUGCCAGACAGUCCCAUAAACCCUCACACCACGCAUCUCCACCCCUCCUCUCCUCCAUCAGACAAACCAUGGCGAGAAACUCCCCUCAUCGAAAGCCCCAAACUCUCUCUCGCAGCAGGCUGUAGAAUCCUCCUGAAACUCGAAAACCUCCAACCCUCAGGCUCCUUCAAAAUCCGCGGUCUAGGCAACCUCGUCCUCAAAUCUAGCAGAAGCACCUCCACCUCCGCCUCCGCAUCAUCAACAUCAAAACCCACGCACUUUUUCUCCUCCUCCGGCGGAAACGCCGGUCUUGCAGCCGUUCUCGCAGCCCAAUUCGUCCAGCGACCAUGUACAGUCGUGGUACCGCUGAGCACGUCUGCGAUGAUGAUUGAGAAGAUUCGACAAGCUGGGGCGAGGGAAGUGGUGCAAGAAGGGAAGAGUUGGAAAGAAUGUGAUGCGUAUUUGCGAGAGGUGGUGAUGGCGCGGGAGACGGGAGAGGAAGAAAUUGGGGUGUAUGUUCCGCCUUUUGAUCAUCCGGAUAUUUGGGAGGGGAAUGGGAGCUUGGUGGAGGAGAUUGGGAGGCAGAUGGGCGUAGAAAAAGGAGGAAAGGGCCCAGACUGGAUCAUCUGUUCAGUAGGUGGAGGCGGGCUGUUCUGCGGCAUCAUAGAAGGCGUCCAAAAGGCAGGCUGGGAGAAAACCACCAAAGUCCUCGCCGUAGAAACCUCCGGCGCAGACUCCUUGAAUCAAAGCCUACGCGCCGGGAAACCCAUCACCCUCGAAGCAAUCACAUCCAUUGCCACCAGCCUCGGCGCCGUACGGGUCGGCAAUCACACCUUCGACCUCGCCCACCACGGCGUCCAAAACGGCACCGUCAAAACCACCGUCCUGACCGACGCCGAAGCCGCCCUGGGCAGUUGGAAAUUGCUCCAAGACGAAAACGAAACUUACCUCGUCGAAGCCGCUUGUGGUGUCAAUAUCGCUCUGUGCUACGGUGGGAGGUUGGAACAGGCAUUGGGGAGGAAACCACGCCCGGAUGAGACGGUGGUGAUUGUGGUGUGUGGGGGGUCGAAUGUUUCGAGGGAUAUGGUGGAGGGGUGGAAGGGGGAGUAUGGUUUGGAUAUGUUGUAAGUUGUAAUUCAGGGAAAUAAUGAAGAUAUGGAUGUACUGGGGAGCUACAUGCACAUUUACAUCUUUCUCUGGGUAGGAGCCAAG